AUGUCAGGCACAACACGGAAGCCAGAUCUGCUCAUCGGCAUCGAUCUAGGCCAAACAUGCACUGGCGUUGGAUAUGCCUUGCCGCAUCAAGGCGAUAACAUUAGAUGGAUCCAAAGAUGGCCAGGCCGAGCGCAGGCAAAUGAGAACAAAGUUCCCACAGUUCUUGUCUAUCCGCAUGGUGGCGAUCGACCGUCCUCGUGGGGCUUUGGCUGUGAAAAGCCUUCGGAGCAAGAUCCAAAUUAUGGUCAGCUUCGGGACUGGUUCAAAACAUUGCUUGACCCGAAGAACCUCGAUACCAUGCGCAAGCGUGAUCCGGAUCUGGUGACCACGCAGCAGGACGUUCGACACUGGUAUCGUGACUUCUUGAGGAGGCUGUACGACCACAUCGAGCAAAAGCUCUCGUCAGAACUUCCGAACUUCGCAUGGUCGGCCGCGCAGAUCGAGUUCUUAUUCAGUAUCCCCACAACAUGGAGUCCGCAAGUCGUCGAAACGUUCCGAGGGAUUAUCGGACAGUCUGGUUUUGGAGGUCCCACAAAUGCACAGCAUUCAGUCAUCAUGAGCUUGACUGAGGCCGAGGCAGCUGCAGUGCACAUGUCCACGGAAGCUGCGAGCCACUUCAGGGAAGGCGAUAUUCUCGUGGUGUGCGAUGCAGGAGGCGGAACCACCGAUCUCUCUGCACUGGAGGUCACAGAAACUAUGACUGACGUGCUUUUGCUAAAGCAGCUGAGGCAAGUCGACAUCGUCGGCGGUGAAAAUAUUGGCUCUGUCGGCAUCGAUUUUGAGUUCCAGAAGCAAGUUGAAGCAAAGUUGAAGCUCGCGAACUCGGCAACGAGGUUUGGUAUCGACCCUGAAGAAGCAGCUUGGGAGAUGGCCAAGGGCCGCGACUUCCAAAAUGUCAAGUGUGAACAUGGCUCGUCUUAUGAGCCACCGCGCUUUUCUGUUCCAGUCCAGCACCUUCAUCUCAAUUGCGUGAGCGAGGAGGCUAGAAUCAGUCGUGGCGAGAUGCACUUCGAUAAAGAAGAGCUGCGUGGUCUAUUUGACCACCAAAUCGACAAGCUGUUCAGAGUGAUUGAUAGACAGCUUCAUACACUCCAAGACAGACUCCCAGAGAGGCAAAUAAGCCACCUGAUACUGUCUGGUGGUCUUGGCCAAUCACCGUACGUACAACAAAGAUUGAUUGAGCACUAUCGCAUGCCGUCCGGGCAUUUCAGCAACACCAAAGGCAUGCAAAUUCGAGUUGCUCCUGAUCCCCAAUUGGCAGUCUGCAAAGGCCUGGUCGCUGAUCGACUUCGGAAGCUCAAAGCAGGCCAGGGUGUCCUCAGUUGGCGCUGCUGCAGAGCUUCUUACGGGCUGUUAUGCAAAGAGGUCUUUGACCCUGAGAAUGUGAAGCACCACGAGCGGAGGGCCACGAUCGACGCGCGAGAUGGCAAGAUGUACGUGAACAAUUGCAUAGCCUGGUUCGUGAAGAAGGGCAGUCCAGUUUCCAUGGACCAUCCAAUUGUCCACGAUUUCAAGCGCAAGGUAGCUCCUGGUGAUCCAAGAAAGGUCUUUGCAACCAAGAUCGUGGUAUCUCAUGUGGAGAAAGAUCUGCUUCCGUACGUUCUGGAUGACAGCGCUGAGCACCUUUGCGAGGUUGAGGCCGACCUCUCCUUAGCAGAGGAGAAACGCUUCAAGGAGAAGAAUAAGAGAUUCUGGCAACGUGGAGAACAUCAUCUGGUGGUCGACUUCCAGGUGCAGGUGGUCAUCGGACCGGCUGACCUGCGCUUUGAAUUGUGCGGAGGUGGAGUCGUUUCUGACAUGAUGCACUGGUUCCACCCGCUCAUGUGA